AUGAGGCCUUUGACAGAAGAUGAGACCAAGAUUUUGUUUGAAAAACUUGCAAAAUAUAUUGGCAAGAAUGUUUUGUAUUUAAUUGAUAGAGCAGAUGAACCAUAUUGUUUUAGACUUCACAGGAGUCGUUGUUAUUAUAUUAGUGAAAAGAGGAUGCGUUUAGCUACGGUGAUUCCAAAAAAAAGAUUGAUUUCACUCGGAACAUGUUUCGGAAAAUUUACAAAAACAAAUAAGUUUCGACUACAUAUUACUGCUUUAGAUUAUUUAGCACAAUAUGCUAUUUAUAAAAUAUGGGUUCAACAAAAAGGAGAAAUGCCAUACCUCUAUGGAAAUCAUGUGAUUCGUGCUCAUGUAGGUAAAAUGAGUGAAGGAAUUUCAGAACAUCAGGGAGUUGUGAUAUGUUCGAUGAAUGAUACACCCUUGGGAUUUGCUGUAACUGCAAAAUCGACCAGUGAUUCGAAGAAAUUGCAACCAACUGAUAUUGUUGCAUUCCACCAGACAGAUAUUGGUGAAUAUCUCCGAAAUGAGGAUGAUUUAAUAUAA